AUGGCUGAGACGGCUCACAGCUCCUACCCGCGCUCCCCGAAUCUCUCGACGCGAUCGUACGAUUCCUCGUCUGUCUCGUCUGCCACUUCGCCGCGACCGCAUUCCCAGUAUACCGGCGUACUAAGUCACAGCUCCCGCCAACCCCAGCUGACUGCGCACUCUCCGCAUCUCGGCGGCAUGCCUUCGCUGCCCUCUGUCAACCAUGGCUUUCCGCCCUACUCUCCCGUGCCCUCGGGCAUGAUGGGCCGCGAAUCAAUUGGUUCCAGCGAUUCCAUGGGCCAUCACAGCGCCAUGUCACUCUCCGGCAGCCUCGGCCCCCAGGCGCAGAAGCGAGCAUAUCGUCAACGAAGAAAAGACCCUAGCUGCGAUGCUUGCCGGGAGCGCAAGGUCAAGUGCGACGCUACCGAAACAGCCAGCUGCUCAGAGUGUUCAAGUCGCAACGUCAAAUGCCAAUUUACCAAGGAAACGAAUCGACGAAUGUCAUCCAUCAAACAGGUUCAGGACCUCGAAAAACAAAUUGAACGUGUCAAGCGCGACAACACCCAGCUGCGCCGCAUGCUCCAAGACCGGGACGUCUCCAUGGAUAUGGAGGGGGAGAAUGGCGACCAGUCGCUCUAUCAGAUGCCCGUCAUCGAGCCAGAGCAACGGCCCAAGCGACGCGGGCCGGUCAUGCCAGAACUCGGCAGAGCUAGGUCGAACCUCCGUGGCGCGGCUAAAGGCGUGUGGAAGCCUCCUCAGAUGCACCGCUACCUGUCGAAUCCGCCCACCGAGGCUGCCAUCCCCGAGCUUCCGCCAAGGGCCCUGGCAGACCAGCUUCUGCACACCUACUACAACUCGCUUCACACCAUGUUUCCCAUCGUUCACCUGCCCACCUUUCGCGCAAUGGUGGAUGACUUGUACCGAAACCCCCGCGGAGCGGCUCCCGCUGGCUGGCUUUCUAUGUUCUUCGCCGUUCUGGCCGCUGGCACUCUAUUCAGUCUCGAACCCCCGACCACAAACACACGCGUAGCUGCGCUGCUUGAUACUGCCCGGAGUCUUAUUGAUCCUUGGAACAACAUGUUUACGCUUGAUGACGCCCGCGCAUACAUCAUCAUUGCCAUCUGCUUGGAUGAGAUGAACCUGAAAUCGGCGGCCUGGAAUUGGCUGGGGAAUGCCAUUCGCGUCGGCCAGGACCUCUGCCUUUACACCGACACCGAGAAUUUUCCCAUAAUUGAAGGCGAAAUGCGCUGUCGAACCUGGUGGGCGAUGUAUGUCCUGGACAGGACGCUUGCAACUGAGCUUGGCCAUCCAUGCCUGAUCAACGAUGCCGACUGUGAUGCCCGUCUGCCGGCUGCUGUCGAUGAUCACUAUGUGCGCGACAACGGGAUGCAUGUGCCGAACGGUGCUGAGCCACUGACUCACUCACUCCUGGCAAUCAUUCAUGUCGUACGCUCGUACACGUCCGUUCUAAAGGCCAUUGACAGUCCCAAGGUUCCGUCGGCGCAUCUGUCCGCAUUCGAUAGCCACUUUCGCAAGUGUCUGAACACAUUCCCGCCGGCCUGCGAUCCAUCGAGCACCGUUGCUUUGGCCCCGCACUUUCUCCCACCUCUGGCCUAUUUACUUCAUAUUCGACUCGUGUUGCACCGGCACAACCUCGCCCCUAGCUGUAGUACAGAGUCGCGAUUCGCUGCCGUCGAGAGCUGCACGCACAUCGCCAUGGAGACUGCCUCUCUCAUCGCGCGAACCAACGCCCCUGCAGAAGGGGCAACCGCGCUGCUGGCAACGCAUCUGUUUCGCUGCACCUUGUUUUUGCUGCUAGGCGGACAUUUCGACCAAGCUAUCACCUGCACACGGGCACUAGGCUCCAUCGAAGGACUCCGUGAUGUGGUGACACCUUGUGGGCGGUAUCUCGCCUUCUUCGCUAACAUUCUUGCUUCCAAACGCGCGGAACACGCCGGCCACAUUGCUCGCACUACGGGGUCGACCUCGAUACCCCAGUCACGCAUCCAGGCCGACAACUCUUCGCUCUUGCUAUCACUUACCAGAGACGAGGAGCUGCUCGUCUACGUUUCUGCAGACACCCAAGCUGCGCCGUCACGGACCUGGGUUUGGACAAUGGUGGAGCGAUCGGAGCCUGGGGCAACGAGCUCACCAAAGGCGCCAGGAGCUCCGCCAGGCUCAAUCUUCCAGACCGAGCAACGCACGGGCCUGACCGCGUCUGAACUGCGCGAAUGGGGCGGUUGGCCGCACCUCGAAUCCGCCAUCAGAUCGCUCACUUCACACAAUGCAGGAUGGACCCCGGUACCGGCGCCGAAGAUCAAGAGCGAGUCUCCAAGAUCCGGUGGACUGGAAGCUCCCAAGCACUCGGAACCGCCUCGAUUUACGUCAGAGCCAAACUAUGGCCGCGGCGCCGACACCAGCCCGCCCCCGAAUACGCAGAAGAGGGGUAACGACCGUCUGAGCAUUGCCAACAUUAUCUAA